AUGUUCGAAUGCAUCACCUGCGAUGCAGUAUUCUGGGAUCAGGAUGACUGUGAUGAGCAUAUGGAUGACGAACGUCACUGGAUCGAAUGUGAAACAUGCAAUCGAUCGUUCCGCACCCAGAACGCUUGCAAUCAGCAUAUGAAUGCUGUAGACCACUGGGCGCCGACUUUCGACUGUGAAACUUGCAACAGCACCUUCCGCACUCAACACGCCGCUAACAACCAUAUGAACGCGAAGAGUCAUUGGCUCCCGAAAGUUCCAUGUGAGGCAUGCCCGAUGAAAUUCUACACGCAGCAGGCCGUGGAGAAUCAUAUGAGCGCCAAAGGACAUUACAAGAACUACUGCCAAGAAUGCAGCCGUCAAUUUAUGAACGCGAACUGUUUGCGCCAGCACCUGAAUUCCAAGAUCCAUCGCGGCACCAACAUUGCGUGUCCAUUCUGUCGGGUUGGCUUCGUCACUGCCAGCGGUGUCUCCCAUCAUCUUGAGUCUGGUGCCUGCCCUCAAGCUCAAGGCUUGAACCGCGACCGCAUCCACCGCAUUAUUCAACAGCUUGAUCCGAAUGGUAUUGUCUGCAAGAAGCAGAUCGCGUGGCACGGUGAACAUGAACAGGACAUGACAUACCUGGUCACCGACAAUGCCUGGAAUGGUAGCUGCUGGGUGUGUUACCUAUGCAAAAAGGGGUUCAACUCGCCAAAAGCGCUGGGGUCGCAUGUCAACUCACCCGUCCACAAUGAGAAGGUCUACCACUGCCUCAAGCGAGGCUGUCCGAAGGAGUUCCACUCCCUGGCUAGUCUGUUCAACCACUUGGAAAGUGAAUCGUGUGGAUUCAUUCGGUUCGAGGGGGUUCAACAGGUUCACAGACAGCUGAACGAUGCCAUCAUGGGCCGCCGGACGAUUACUGGAUUCUAG